GCCUUUGUUGACGUAUUAAAGUCUUGUAUGCUCCUGCAUUUCCAUGUUUUGCAAUUGGAGUGCUGUGUCCUAAGAUGAUAUAAAGGCUGCCAAGGGACAGCCGGUUGUUAAUUCUGAAUGUUAUAACUGAUCGAAUAAAUCCUCUUCUUGGGGCAGUUAACACUUGACGUAUUAUAGAUCCUAUUAUUUCACAGUCAAUCAUCAACUUAAUAUUCUUAACUAAAAUUAAUCUCUUUCAUUGAUUAUGGUUAACCUUGCUCCGAAUAAUUAAUCCAAAAUCAAAGCUCGUUGUUGAAUAACGUCAGGUUUAAUGACCGAAAGGACCUUUCUUCUUUUCAGCGUUAUUGCUGAAGAAUAUUUCAUUUUUUACGUUGUACAAUGUGAUUCCCGGCCUCUUCGCAUCCAAAACAUCGUAAAACACUAUAAUAUCUUGUUAUUGUCGUCUGCUCUGUUACUUUCCCUCUCUUUCUCUCUCUUUUUCUCUCUUUCUCUCUCUUUCUCUCCUGUACAAUUAAUUACCAGACAAACGUUAUUAGAAAAAAGGGCUAUUAAAUAUUUAAGAGAGAAGAUUUUUGCCGGAAAUAAACUCAGUAAGCGGCAAAGAACUAUGUGACAAUGUGAAAGUCUUUUGAGGCAGCUGCAAUAACAUGAUUGAUGAUACAGAGCUUCCUCGAGUGUUUGUCAGUUGGCUGAAGUUGCGGAGAACGGAGGUUGUAGAUUUCAACAAUCACGUCUUUGAUGCCUACCAAGAGUUGUAUGUGCCGUGCUUGAAAUUGAGGUUUUGGUUCCGCGCAUUGCAAAGAGUUUCUAUCAGCUUCCAACGGCUGGAAAUCGUACGGGACGUCGGGUUCGUUAUAAUGUUUAUAAAGAAGUACUAAUAAUCAAGAUUGAGAGACUAUUUCGGCGUCUGAGUCAAAAGAUUUUUGAGUUUCUGUUCGUUUUAUAUAUUUCCACAUUUCUUUGCUGUUAGAUCUUAUCAAAAAACUUUUGCCAUGCCGCAGAUCUUCCAAAGAGAACUUUUUGUUGGCUCUUUGCGUAUCGCGCUAGGAGUACUGGCAGUGGCUGCCAACGCAAUACAAAUGGUGUUUACAUGUAAGACCAAGAAAAACCUUACCGCAUUCGACAAAACUGUUGUCAGUUUGAGUUGCGCUGACGCUGUUUCAGCGAUAUUUUUUGCACUUUACGGAAUGGCAAGGAUACUGCACAUCAAAGAAAUAGCAGGCUUGAGCUUCGUGUGGUAUGCUUCUAUUGGCUUGAACUUUUCUGUCGUCGCCUCCUUCAACCAUAUCAUUUUCAUUGCCCUUCAGCGCUUCUUUGCUGUCCUCUUUCCACUGAACAUCAAAAGCAUCAUCAACAAGUGCAGGUUCAAUAUCUUUCUUGCUUUGACUUGGUUCUCCGCGGGCUUGUAUGGUAUCCUCAGUGCUGUUACACGGAUGGACUUCCUCGCUGUCAACUCUUAUGUAACCCUUGUGUCUGGUGUGGCCCUGAUUAUCCUUUAUGUGGGAAUAUCUUACACAACAUCCAGGCGAGAUCAGAUUUGCAAGAACGCAAGAUAUCAAGCUACCAGAAUGAGGAAUCGUGCCGUACUCAUUCAUUCGCUUCUUGUGACAGUCGGGUUUGUCGUUUGCUUCUAUCCAUUUGCAAUCACCUAUCUCUUCAUUUCGUACGACUUCACAGCUGUUGUCGUAUCUGACCUGCUCGUCAUGUUCAACACAUUUCUUGAUGUUGUCAUUUACUUCUACAUUCGAAUAUGCAGAAACUACAGGGAGAAUCAAGUUGUCGAGCGCACCAUACCAGUAACGCUAUCCGUGGCACGUGCAGAUGAAUUGCUUGAAAGAACAGUAAAACGCGAGUCAUGCCAGUUAGAGCUGCUGACAACAGCUCCAGAACCAUGACAUUUAAUUUCCAAUUCACGUAUACUUUAGUACUUUUGGAAUUAUUAACCGGGACAUUGGGACAUUUAGCAAAAAGAUCUUUGCUUGAGUUUUAUUAAACUAUAAUUCAAUCUGACAAAAAGAGUAGUUAAAAGAACAAUCCAUUUCAGCAUACCAUGAUUCUUUAACUGUAUAUAGAAGGUUAUUGCGGUGUAGGGUAGUUAUAUUGUAGGAUUGACUUGAAAAGGCUUUCGAAAUUCUACAUAAAGAAACAUUAUAGCAAGUAGUAUAUCUUAAUGAAUGUAAUUUUCAAUUAGCCAUAGGGGAUCAUUUGGCUUCAUUUAAUGUAAAAUCUCUCUACACUUAAUAACUGAUAUUGGUGCAUUUGAUAUUGGAAAACGUUAAUGUGGCCUUCUUGAGGACCCGCUGGAUUGGCGAGCAGCCGCCAGGAGGAGCGCUAGAUAUAUGCGUAUAUUCAUUAUCGGCAGAGUUGCCACUUGAGAUUUUAUGUACUAAAUGUAAAGGUUUGCACUGACAUCUUUAUCAUGCGUAGGCACCGACAAACAAAUACGUAGCCAUCAAGUGGCUUCAAUUGGUGAUUUCUGAGGGUUAAUAACUGUGAUCUUGAGCAGUUUGAGCUUGUCUAUGAAGAAUAGGGAUGAGAUCUCUGCAUUUCUAUUGCCAAUCGCUUCCUGAUUAAAAGAUUUACAGAAUUGUAUUUCAUUUUUGGUCUAAUCAGACUUUUUUAACAAUGCUAGCUUGUGGGCGAAAACGGUAUUUCUAGGAGAAAGAUGAAUGGCUCGGAAUUUGACUGUUAGAUGGAGCAUUGGGAUCACAAAUAUGAACUUCGCUGUCCUGUUGUCUACAAAAUAGAAAGAAAUAGAAAUAGAUGCACCUGUUGCAACUGUGAGAGCUCCCUUAGGAAACCCCCUUAGUUUUUAUUCUAUUAUUAGUAUUUUCUUGUAAUUUAGGCAGAACCCCCGGCAGAGAGAGAGUGGAAGGAAGUGAGAGAGAGUUGGAAAAGAACCUAGGAGGGAGAGGACGAAAAUGGUUGUGCGAGCAAAAACAAUUGAUUGUAUUCUAGAGAAAAGGGAAUUUAUUUGCUGUCAUCGUUUUGUUAGAGCUUUAUAUCCUAACCUUGGAGAAGUUGAAGUUUUUUUCGAGUAGAAUCUAUGCGAACAAACGCGCCUUAGGAAAUUGGUUGAAAUGAAUAAGAACUCGUUUAACCAGGCUAACACAACUCCUUUAAACUAAGCAUUUCAAAAAACAAGAUUGGUAACGAACAACGGAAACAUCAAGUGUCAAUUUUAAUUUUUCAAUUCGCUGCCUGAUGCGUUCUACUGCUUUCCAGAGAAAUCGGAGCGUUUUCUUCUGUUUUCUUCUUCUUCAAUCCCCGUAUUUCUUUCUCUUAUUCUUCUCCUUAUUCUAAGUCGUAUUUUUACUUUUCUUUCUUCCACUUCGCUCUUCUUCUUAUCCAGCAUCUUCUCUCUUUUCCUUUUCUUUUUCCUCGGAUCCCUUACUUCUUCUUUGACUUUUUCUCAUUUCUUCUUUCUUAUGCUUCUUCUUUCUUCUUAUUAUUUCUUCUUCCUCCUCUUUCUUCCAUUUAUUUCUUCUUCCUCCUUUUUCUUCAUAUUAUUUCUUCUUCCUCCUCCUUUUUCAUAUUAUUUCUUCUUCCUCCUCUUUCUUCUUAUUAUCCUUCUUCCUUUUUAUUUUCUUUAUUCUUCUUUCUCUUCACUUUUAUUCACAUUUAUCCCAUUUCUGCCUAUCCAUCUUACGUGUCGCUGUUUCCUUUAUUUUCGUUUUUCUUAACUUGUUGUCUCCUUCUCCUCCUUGCAAUUUCACUUCUUUCCUUUAUCUAUUGUUCCCCAACCUUUACUCCAUUUAGCUAUCCUUCAAUUCGUUAAUCAGUUCAUUAAUCGGUCCAUCAACACGAGCAUUUACAUCUUCUACAUCCCAGUCCUAUUUCCUCCACAUAGGUCUCUUAACUGGCAAACAAAUGCCUAGGAAAAUUGUUAUUGUAAGAAGCUGAGGUCAAAUAAGUUCUUACAAAGGUGAGAUAUUACAACAGUUUCUUGUUUUUCUUUGUUAAGUUUAAACCCCUAAGAUAAACAUUAACUUCAAAUGAUAUGAUUUGCCUGCAGUGGCAUGAAACCAAAAAUCAGAUAGAAAAAUUUCAUU